AUGUGGUCAAUCAGAUGUCAAUCAUUUCGACCAGCUAUCAGAGUGCGUCUGAAUCGUCCCGUCUUUGAUCAGGCUUCUUCGAUCGUUAAAGGCCUGGUAGAGUAUGAAGUGCCACGUGUCAACAUACCAGCAACUCGUCAGUGUUUCCAAGAAGGAUGUGUAGACGCGCACUCAUUCCGAAUGUCUUCGUUCCGGCAACCCAGUUUCGUCGCGUUCGAACCGCACUUUCCGAACAAAUUUCGGAUCCGGGUCACCGAUUUUGACUUUGUAGUAACAGGACAACUCAGCGGAACUAUCACUGUGAUACUGAACAUUCCUAUCACUGGAAACGUUGUGGUUACAGGAAGGAGUAUUGGAGUCAGUGCACUUUUGGAUCUUCAGAAAACUGUGAACGAUCAACCGUAUUUGAGAUUCAAUGAAUGUAAAAUUGAAAAUGGAAUCGUGUCAACAAGAGUUGCGAAUAUGGGUCUACUCACUGAUACAAUUAACCAGAAGUUUGGGAAUGUUCUAUCAGGACAAUCGAAAAUUCAACUGGAAGAAGCGAUAUGUGAACAUAUGAAUCGAUUGACGCAACAGCAUUUCUCCACGAGACUGGCCAGAAUUCCAAGAUCUCUUUCGGCAAAGGAAUUGUUAGAAAUUAUCAUUACGAACAAUGUGAAAAAGAGUGCGACCUCUACAGCUACAAACUUUGCCACGUUGGUCCGCCAGAAGAGAGCGACCACGACGUCAGAUGACUACUAUGACGAUAUUGAGAAAACAGAAGGAAAGCCAGCAAAACCAACUCCGAAUAUUCCCCUGCGAAAAAUCAACCUAUCUCGUGAUGACGUCAUCAACUUCUUUAACAUUGAACGUCUCUCUCACAUUCUGAUUGAUCUUACUCUUCUGGAUGCUGCGUCCACGUCUUCAGAUUUUUCACUGGGAAUUUCUGGAAAUGUUUUCAGUUCUCGAUCGCAAGGUUCAUCUCCGUAUCAAGCGCCAUAUCCAUUCAGAAUUCCACAGAACACAAACAGAAGAAUGGUUGAAGUUGUGGUGUCUCAGUACUCUUUGAAUAGUUUACUAUUCCAAGCUCACAGAACCAACUCUCUGAUAUUCCAUGUGGAUUCUAAAACUCCGGGAAUCGGAAAUCUGCUUGAAACCAGCUGUACAAUAGAUGAAGUUUGUAUUGCAGAUGAGAUCACCAAGAUCAAAACCGUUUAUCCAAACAGACGAUUGGAAUUGAUCAUUAGAUCAGCUGCUCCACCAACUGUCACUGUUAACACUGAUUCCAUGACGGUUUCAAUGAAUGGAAGAUGCAUAUUCUUCCUGGAGGGAACUCGCCAAAAAAUUGGAGUGAUUCCUUUCAACACCGUUAUUCUGGUUAAUAUGAAGACCAUUGGAGGAAAGCUGACAGGAUCGGUAACCAUCCAAUCACUAGAUUUUACUCCUGGAGUAGAUUUCUUGGCAUUGUCAGUAUCCGAUUUGGAUGGAUUGAGAAGAACUACAAAGUCCGCUCUUCAAAACUUUAUAAGCUCUGCUACAGCUGAUGGCUUCACACUUUCCACAGCUUCUAUGCACUCACCACUUCGCCUAUCCCAUCCAGAAGUUUCUCUUCUCCCAAAUGCACUUCUUCUCCAGGCAGAUGUGGAUCUCUACAGAACAUUAUAUUCCGCCAGAAAAUCAAGAAAAUCGGCUUGA